UCUGUGGUCAUCGUAUAAUGCCAUUGUCACUGUUCAUAACCUGCAUAGCGAAGUUUUGAGGAUACACUUUUGCUAAUAAAUCGAGAAAAGGCAUUUUUUGUUAUUUUCUCUUCGACUAAUAUACCAAUCAAACAUGUCUCGUGGAAGCAGCGCCGGAUUCGAUCGUCAUAUAACGAUUUUUUCUCCGGAAGGUCGCCUCUAUCAAGUUGAAUAUGCGUUCAAAGCAAUCAAUCAAGAGGGAUUGACCUCGGUUGCGUUGAAGGGAGUGGAUGUGGCAGUAGUUGCCACUCAGAAAAAGAUUCCAGAUAAGCUGAUUGACCCAAAGACAGUGACCCAUCUCUAUCGGAUUACCCGGAAUGUGGGAUGUGUGAUGACUGGUCGGAUUGCCGAUUCAAAAUCGCAGGUUCAGCGCGCACGCUAUGAAGCCGCUAACUGGCGUUACAAGUAUGGUUAUGAUAUGCCGGUAGACGUACUCUGCCGACGAAUGGCCGACAUUUCACAAGUUUACACACAAAAUGCCGAAAUGCGACCUCUAGGAUGCAGCAUGGUACUUAUUGCGUACGAUGACGAAAAUGGACCAUGCGUGUAUAAAACCGAUCCGGCUGGUUAUUACUGUGGGUAUCGCGCUAUUUCGGUUGGGGUCAAGCAAACUGAGGCCAACAGCUAUUUGGAAAAGAAGCUCAAGAAAAAGGCCAAUUUUACCGAGGAAGAAGCAAUUCAAUUGGCUAUAACCUGCCUGUCAACUGUGCUCGCCGUGGACUUCAAACCGUCGGAAGUAGAACUGGGAUUGGUCACCAAGGAGAAUCCCGAAUUCCGCACGUUAACAGAGGACGAAAUCGAAGUUCAUCUUACUGCUAUUGCAGAGAAAGACUAAUACGAUUCAUUACGAUUUAUUUGUUUCACAUGAGAAUAUAAAAGCUUAUUCCUAAAUUA